CAUGGUAUUCAAACCGGGACUUGGUCGGAGUCAUGUCUCUUUGGAGAUCUUAUUGCCUGGCAUCUUUGUUCAUCGCUCUGUCAGCCUGCCAGGAGACGGUUUUCCAUGUUACCAAUAGUGCGCCACCGACGACCAAAGCUUUGAUGAAGGCACAGUCGAUUCCUAACCGCUCCCGCUAUCCCUAUGUCGUCUCCAUCGGCACUAACGUCAAAGGAUACUACAAGCACCUCUGUGUGGGCGUGAUCAUUUCUGAUGGAUUCCUGCUCACUGCGGCACACUGCCUUAAGACACUGCCGAACCACAAACCGGCGCCCAAGUAUGUGGCCGGUGGAGACGAUUUUCUCGGCAGUCGAAAUCAAACCCGGUUCUUUAUCGUCCAAGUGGAGUGGCAUCCCCGGUUUAGGAUGCUCGGCGGCCACGAUAUUGCCGUGGCAAGGGUCUAUCCAAAGUUUACGCUGGAUAACAAACGAUUCCGAAGUAUUCAGUUCAAAGUCAAACCGCGAAAGGAUGUUGACGAGAGGGUUACCAUGCUUGGCUGGGGAAGGGCAACAAUCGGCAGGAUUAAAAAGCUCCAGGAGACGCCCUACCUGACAAUGCAAAACUGGUUAUGUAAGCAUAAGUACCGAUUCGUGUUCCUUACCAAAACGGACAUCUGUGCCAUGCACUUAAGAGGACCUAAAGGCGCCUGUGACGGAGACUCGGGAGCCCCCCUGAUGGAUGUGGCAAACGAAAGGCUUGUGGGCCUGCUUUCCUAUGGAAGAAAAGCCUGCACACCUCUGCAGCCGUAUGCUUUCACUCGUGUCAGCGAGUACUCGAAAUGGAUCCAGGAAACUAUGGACGGUAUGAAUGUAGGAAUCAUGAAAGCCAAUCACACUAGAUGGAAAGACGCAGGCAAUUCUUAAGCCAUAGAAUGUAAUGGAGCAUAUUGUGAUUGAUAUUUGUAUUCCUAAACUAUUAGAAGCAACAAAGAUUAUUUAGUAAAAAAAUUGUAUUAUAUAUAUAAUA